AUGGCUCAGGGCGGCAUGGAAAUCGAUAUCCUGCCCUGUCCAUUCUGGCCCGUUGCCAAUGAUGAUGAUCCACUCAGUGGCUACGUUGACUGCCCUCAUGGAUGCGGCGAAAUUAUCUCUACCGCUGAGCUUUCAAGUCAUCUGGACCUUCAUAUAGCUGAAGAAAUGGCUUUUGAAGAUGCAUCUGGUGGCGUGGUUUCCAAGUGUGAAUCCGAGGGGGAGGAGAUUGAUGCAAAUACAGAUUAUAUACACGACGAUAUCGAAAGUCGAUUUUCUACAAAGCUACCCAAGGAGCUUCGCAACAGAGACAAUAUUCUCCAACCAAAAUCUUCUCGCAAGGGUUCCCAUAGAGAUUCAAAGGCAGCAUUAGGUCCAUCGGAAAAAAAGAAACGCAAAUCAAAACGAGGGAGCCGUGAUGCUGCUGGAAGUUUUCUGCGUCGACUUGGAAGAUCGGAAUUAGGACCAUACGCACACGAAAAGCAAAUGCCAUCAUGGCUAAGGAAUAUGUUGGAAGAAGGCGCAAAAGUCACCGUAUCUAACCAGAUUCAAACAGACGGCACUCUCCGCAGGGUUGAACAUGUGGCUAACGAGAUGUCAAAUCUUAUCCCGGUUCUUGCUCGACUUUGCGAAUUGGAUGAAACAGUAGAGCAGGUAUUCCUCUGCCACCCCACCGUCCGACAUGUAUUCAAGAUGCCUAAAGAAGGCGGCUUUUGCGGGUAUAGAAAUAUCCAGAUGCUGGUUUCCCAUAUCCAAGAUACCCGUGCCGAUGGCUACGAACAAUUUCCUGGAAGGCUCCCUACAAUCUUGCGGUUACAGGACCUUAUUGAGCAAGCCUGGGACUUGGGUUUUAACAGUAAUGCGCAAAUAGAAACAGGGGGGAUUAAGGGAACAAGGAAAUAUAUUGGGACUUCCGAGGCUCAAGCCCUUUUUCUUAGUUUGGGGGUUAAGUGCGAGGCUGGCGCCUUCGGGCACUCUCUGACAAUCGUUGGUUUCGAAAUACGUAAGAGUGGAAGCCCCAACCUCCUCGUCUUCGACCCGAUGUUCAAAACGUCACCCGCAAUUGAGAGACUUAUUGGCAACAUCCGAGCGAGGCCACAGGACCCACGUUGCCUUAUAAAGGCGUACCGGCGGGGUCCCGGCUACCUCCACAAGUACAAGGAGUUUGAAAUUCUCAAGUGUAUUGAUGGGAAUUUACCACUAACAAAGAUAUCGGACAAAUUACGCCCAAACAGUUUUAUAUUAUUUUCUUUUCAGCAUCGCAAUAUCUCCCGCACAUUCCUUGUCCUUCUUCCUUUCCUACAUCUAACUUUAUCAUCCGCCGCACGCACUCGCAAAACAAAAAUGAGGACACUCCCUAAUAUUAUCAUCACUGGCACGCCUGGCGUAGGCAAAACUGUCCAUUGCGAGCAGUUAGCUCAGGACACGGGCCUGCGACACCUGUCAAUUAACCAGGUAGUGAAGGAGCACAAUUGCCAUGAAGGAUAUGACGAUACAUUUCAAAGUUAUAUUGUGGAUGAUGAUAAGCUCCUGGAUGCGAUUGAAAAGGAUGUGCCAAAGGGCGGGUAUCUUAUUGAUUGGCAUGCCUGCGACCUCUUCCCCAAGUCUUGGAUUGACCUAGUCGUGGUUAUCCGGUGCAAUUCUACUUCUAUAUUAUAUGACCGGCUUGCCGCCAGAGGCUACUCGGAGCUCAAAUUGCAGGAGAAUCUUGACGUGGAAAUAUUCGAUGUACUCCUCCAAGAGGCUAGGGAGUCAUACGAUGAGGAGAUCGUUGUUGAAUUGACGAGCGAGAAUGAUGAGGACAUUGAAAGUAAUUGCGCGCGUAUCGAAGCUUGGAUAGAUUCUUGGAAAAAGGCUCGUGUGGAAAGCUCCGGCUGAAUAGAACCUCUUUUCGCCUCCUAAAGUUCUAAGAUAUAUGGCAGAAUAUCAAGGAUAUGUCUCCGCGAGCCAUUGCUUCAACUUCGCAAGCGCCUUGUAUCGAUGGGAGAUAAGGUUCUAGAUUGUUGCAAACACUCAGCGUCAAUACGGUCAGAUAUAUUUUCUGACAAUCCAGCGUUGGGUAGACAUGGUUGGACUCCUUUUUCCCUCCCUACCUUUUCGUCCUUGUCCAUCUCCGCGAACGUAUUCCCCUCAUACUCGAAUAUGGGAUCCCAACCUACGCGGUGCAAUCAUGGUCAGCUCAUUCAAUCCUUUGUUCGCUGGUUUAAAAAGGGAAGGGGAUGUGACGGCCCUAUUGGGUAAACGGGGCUAUACCGAAUUUCGCCAGGCCCCUGGCUGGGACCAUUCGACCCUACCAUAAGGAAAAUUCACAUGUCAGGAUGAAAUUACGAUCUACUGGGCCUCUAUAUCAACAAUUUCCUAGACGGUUCGGAUUGAGAAGCAGAAUGAUAACAAUACCUCAGUCUUUCCUUGAAAAAUGAUUGGCUCCGCACCUGGUCCACUGGAAAACGCAAACGUGCACACUGCUACGAUGGAUUUGUCUUCAUAUGGAUCCAACAACUUAUUAAGCCCGUCGUGACCUAGGGCUUCGAGAAACCACUUGCUACAACUUUGUUGUCAGUUUCAAAUUUCUUGUAAUUCGUCACCACCCCAGCGUAAACGUCUGUUUUAUAGAGUGUGCACAUGUAUAUAAGGGACACAGGGAAAUCAAAAGGGACGUUGCUUGGUGCUUG